GAGGAGGUUCAUGUGUCGCAAAGAGAAGGCGUCACGCACAGGUGGUUGAGCGGGAACGGUUCGAAGAUGAAAGCAGUGCCCCAGAAAUAUUUGUUGUGGGUGGCUGAGAUAAGGAGGCUGAGGCUGCGCUUAUAGUAAAGAUGGCUUGCCAGGAGUUUGCUGUUUUAUAUACACACCAGAAGAUGAAAAAAUCCAAAGUAUGGCAGGAUGGAAUUUUGAAGUACACUAUUAGUGGAAAUAAGGCAGUCUUAUGUGAUGUCAAAGGACAGGUCUUGGACAGUAUUUUUGUAAAGUUUCAGGUAAAAUCUGGAGAUGACUUGGAAAGUGAACGAUACUUAAUCACAGUUGAAGCUGAAAAAACUCCUGGAAUUGAUGGUGGUAAUAAUCAGUCAAAGAACACAGAAGUGCCCAUGUUAACUGCAAAUAAUUCAAAGUCCUGUGCCCCAUCUCUACAUUUGCCAGUUGGCCUCAAAAGGAAGUUUUCUGGUUUCAAAGGGCCACGCCCCGUGGAAAAGAAAAUGGCAACAAUGGAAAAACCCAUAGCAAUGGCUUCACCCAAGUGUCCCGAAUCACUUUUUCCUUCUCAGUUCUGUCUCUCUUCUCCAUUAUUUUCUGUUGCUUAUCGGAAUAAGAAUGAGACUAACUUACUACCUGUCUUUAAAGGAGAUGCCACCAUGAAUAGUAGCGACAUUGAAUCUAUCACUUCAGUGGUUUCCCCACCUUAUAUUGAUGACCACAAAAUGUUACAGAAUCUCAGCCAUCCUGCAGAUGCUGAACACUUGAAGCCAGAAUCCCAACUAGAUAACGGACUGUUUAAUUUGAACUACCACGCAAGCAAUAGUGUGGCAGUUUCACAAAACAACAGGAGCAAAGGACAGAUUAUUGCACUUCUGGAGUCUAAAACAGCACUGCUUGGUAGGGAACAAAAACAUUCUAUAGUCCCAGACUGUGAACAUGACGCUUCACUGAAUUAUCUGAUAAAAUCAGACUAUCAUCCAGAAGGUCUGCCUCUGUCUGAGUCAUCAAGAAACAUAGACUUUCAACAAAAGAUGGCACCUGUAUUGGGAUCUGUAAAUGGCCCUAGCAAAGAAUCUACCAGACAUGUUCAGGUAGUGUGCUCCACUGCCAAAAAUGUGCAAACAAAAAGUCGAUGGGAUGCGUACUUACCAUCAUGUGUCCCAGAGGGACCUCCUGAUCUGGACGGUACAGAACUCAAUGAUAAGGAUGUUAGUGACUUGCAGCCAAUUGUAAAGGACUUGAAAGAGGGUGGUGGUGCAAAUAGGGAUCAAUACAACAUGGUUAACAUGGUCCAAAUUCCUGCUUUGGGAAUCAGUAGUUCUCCCAUUAAUGAAAGUUCUGUUACAGAACAUCCACAGAGCUCUAUGAUGGUUGAAUCCAGCAUGAAUACAGGGAAUUACACUGAAGCUGUGUCAUUUGACAGCAUUCAGAAUUCAAAUUGUAUAACCUUAGAAGCAUUUGAUGCUAAUCAUUUCAAAUCUAACAAUCGCCCAACAGCCGAUAACUUAGAAGCAUUUUGCCAUCAAUCACAAAGUGAUCCUAGUUCAUUGAUAAGUUCUGAAAAUGUCUCAGAUGGUUGGGCCUAUGGGGAACUUGACGAUCCAGCUAAGCAGUUUAUACAAGUUAACUUCAAUGUUCUGGAUAUGCAGGAUUUUAGUGACACAGAGAAUGAAGAGUGCCAUGCAGAUCCCUCGUUUUCCCAAAGGGAUGUCAGCGUUGAAAAAAUCAGUGAAAAAAAGACAUGUACUGCUGAGGGGGAUGAUAACAUGUGGUCUGCAUUUCUACAGGAUAGCAGCGUGAAUUGCGCCUUGCAAUCCUGUGACAAAUCGUCUGAGGAUGCUAAGAAGGAUGAAACUAAAUGUAAUUUUCUAAGUGAAUAUUCACAGGCAACACUUGUAGAUGAAAUGGUGGGGGCAAAUGCAAUUGGUGCCCAUGAUAUAGAUAUUCAUAAAGGUCUUGACUGCACUGGCAGAGGCUCGUUAAGUGGAAUAUCACAUGUUCAUCCUCAUUCAAAUACGGCUUUCAUGGGCAAAAACAGUAAAAGUAUAGUGGUCGGCGGGAAUAAUUCACAGCUUUCUUCUGUACAUCUUUGUGAUGACAUGACAUUAGCUAGUCCAUUCCUGACUCUUGAAAAAAGCAACUGUUCUGGUGGUUUUCCUCAGUAUAUUGCAGGUAAAUAUGAUGCUGCUCCAGAGAGAAGUUAUGACAGGCCUGGCACUCAUCCUGUAGAUUGUGAGGCUUUUUCAAAUGAACCGCAAAUGCAUAAGGAUGAACAGGAAGACAUGCUCAGCGCCUCCGAGGCUUUUGAUGAAUCCACUGAAGAAAAUGAAAAGAACUCUCCAGCUGUCAGUUCUUCUAACCUUCCCAAGCGGACAAACGGCUUCAGCCUGCUAAGAUCGCUUACGGAACAUAGCACAGCCUUGGAAAGCUUGCAAAUGAUUGAGGGAAGUCCUGACAUAUCAUGUGAGAGAGGGAUUCUAGCAGAGCAACACAGGUCCAGCGAAGGACCUAGAGUUAAGCAAGGGUUUACUGAAGUGUCUUACCCGGAAGAUGCACUACUGUCUUCUUCAUGUUCUGGUGCACCCAAAAUGCAUUCUUCAUUAAGUGAUCAUGUGGAGAAACCCACAGCAGCUAUAGUCAAGUGGCUACAUGGCCCAAAUCCAGUUGGACUGGCUGAAAGUCAAUCAAAGAAUGUCUCCAAGCUGUUGUUUCCCAGUGCCGUAGUAGUAAUAAACUGCACUGAUCUUCGUAAGAGGCAAAUGUGUAUCCCGACUGAGUUUCAAUCUUCUGCACUCUAUAAGCAGGUUUUCACUGCUGCUUUGACAGAACAUUUGAACAUAUUGCUGUUUGAGUUGUCACAAAGGCUACAUAAAGCUCUUGGGAAAGUGGAUAUAUCUUUCUAUACUUCAGUAAAAGGAGGGCAAGAGCAAACACAAGAUAGUUCUGCACCGUUCUGCCACCACAAGAUUGCAGCCAAACUUGUUAUGGUUAAAAAACAAGGCCGAAAUAAGGGUCGCCUUUUCUAUGCCUGCGAUGCUCCGAAAGCUGAGCGUUGUGAUUUUUUCAAAUGGCUUGAUGAUGUCAAUCCAGGACAGAUCAAAAGUAGACCUAGUGUGGUGUUUCAUGAUACAAAGAGUAUCGGAAACUAUUUGAGGAGUCAGAACAUUUUUCUUCAUGAGGAAUGCCAACUUUUGGUGAGGAAAUCCUUUGAUAUUCAAAGAAAGCGAUUUAGUAAGAUGAAGAAAUUUAAUGUUGCACAUGCUGACUUUGACUGUGAAGCUAAGAGCAAAUUAUAUCUGAAGCUGAGCAGAAAAGAACACUCUUCCAUGUACAGCAAAGAUGAUCUUUGGGUUAUUUCUAAGACCCUAAUGUUUGAACAGUUGGACACUUUCAUUGCCUGCAGCGUUUUCUUUGGCCCUUCCUCUAGCAAUGAAAUAGAACUGGAACUUCUCGAAGGCUACAGCCCUUCAAAUUGGCGUUCAAAUAUGAUUGUUCAUGCCUUGCUGGUUUGUAACGUUAGCACAGAACUCACAACUUUGAGAAACAUAGAAGAACACUUCAGUUCAGCUACUUUACCAAUAAUGCAGCAUCUGCUUACAAAUCCCUUCAAAAAGUUACCUUGUAGUAACAAGGUCAACAAACGAAAAUUUAAGCCACCAGUCUUAAACCCCAGUUCAAUGAAUUGUGGCCUUCUAAGUCCUGAAACGACAAUAAGUCUGGCAAAUGAGAUGAUUCAGACAUUUCAGCUGAAUAAGGAUCAGGCUAUGGCACUGCUGCAGAUAGGCAACAUGAUGGCAUCACAUCCAAUGGAUAAAGAAACUGGAAAACAGCAGUCCACCCCCAUAACAAUAAUACAUGGUGUGUUUGGAUCAGGGAAAAGUUAUUUGUUGGCCAUUGUUAUCUUGUUCCUGGUACAAAUCUUUGAAACUAGUGAAGCAACCGAUGGCAAAAAGUUAGCACCAUGGAAAAUUCUCAUCUCUUCUUCCACUAAUGUUGCUGUGGAUAGAGUACUGCUGUGUCUAUUGGAUCUUGGAUUUGAAGAAUUUAUUCGAGUUGGAAGCGUUAGAAAAAUUGCUAAGCCGAUACUUCCACAUAGCUUGCACGCUGGCUCAGGGCCGGAAAGUGAGCAACUGAAAGAGCUCCUUGCUCUGAUGAAGGAAGAUUUAACUCCGGCAGAAAAAAAUUACGUACGAAAGACCAUUGAACACCAUCGACUGGGCACCAACAAAGCUCUGCUGCAGCAGGUGAGGGUAGUGGGCGUUACCUGUGCUGCUUGCCCAUUCCCUUGCAUGAAAAAUCUGAAGUUUCCUAUAGUGGUGCUGGACGAAUGCAGUCAGAUGACAGAACCUGCAUCCCUCCUUCCCAUUGCAAGGUUUGGAUGUGAAAAACUGAUUCUGGUUGGUGACCCUAAGCAGCUCCCACCCACCAUUCAAGGGUCAGAAAGUGCCCAUGAUAAAGGUUUGGAGCAAACCCUUUUUGACCGACUCUGUUUGAUGGGACAUGAUCCCGUGCUGCUCAGGACACAGUACCGUUGUCAUCCAGCUAUCAGUGCCAUAAGCUGCAACUUGUUUUAUGAUGGAAAUUUGUUGGACGGCAUUUCCAAGAUGGAUCGAAACCCUCUUGUAGACUGGUUGCCAACACUGUGCUUUUACAAUGUUAAUGGCUCAGAGCAGAUGGAAAGAGACAAUAGCUUCUACAAUUUGGCAGAAUCUUUUUUCUCUGUCAAGUUAAUCCAGUCUCUAAUUGCUUCUGGAAUAGCGGGGUCUGUGAUUGGGGUAAUAACCCUGUAUAAAUCACAAAUGAGUAAGAUUUCUAGCUUACUUGCUGCAGUUGAUACAGACGCUUCCCAAAUUAAAGCUGUCCAGGUAUCCACUGUGGAUGCUUUCCAAGGAGCGGAGAAGGAAAUCAUUGUGUUAUCUUGUGUAAGAACAGGACAAGUUGGCUUCAUAGAUUCAGAAACAAGAGUGAAUGUGGCACUGACCAGAGGGAAGCGACAUUUAUUGAUAGUGGGAAAUCUGAACUGUCUGAGAAAGAGCAACCUUUGGGGAAAUGUCAUUCAACAUUGUGCAGGAAACAAAGAUGGAUUACAACAUGUUAGCCAAUGUGAACAGAAAUUGAAUGACAUUCUUAAAUCUUACAUGGAAAGGAAGAAGGCAGAAGAAAGGAAACUCAAGGAAAAAUCUAAAAGUAAAUCACUUUCACAGAAAACAGAUGUAUAAUGUAUUUUUCUAUGUAAAUAGUGCCAAGUGUAUUUAAAUUAUUGUUAAAUAUGUUUUAUGUUUCACUGGUAUUCAGUUAUGUGGAUUAAAAUGUUAGUAUAAUUACACAUAAUGUUAGUGAUGAAGCAAUUCCCAACUGUACAAGUUGGCAUUCCAUUUUUUUCCUCUGAUAUGUGGUUUAUUUUAAUUGUUGUGUUAGUACUGAAGUACUCUACAGCAAAGCUAGGAUUUUUAAUAACCAUUGUGAAUCUUUCAGCAAAGGAUGAAAUGUGUAGGUAUUUAUCAUGGUUUCUCGCUCAUAGGGUUUUUUUAAUAAAUAAAAAUUUAAAAACUA